CACAUUUGGAAGCCCGCGUCGCGACGGACAGGCUGAUCGUCACCUCCGAAAAGAUGAUGGGAUUCACCAGAAGUUACCUCGUGAGCCUGUUCCUCUACGUCUGCGUUGUCAACGAGAUUCGUCAGCCUGCGGUGACAUGCCAGGGCGAAGAAGGCAGCCAAUGCAUACCAAAGAAGAUCUUUCUGGCGUUGCUGCGUUUACCGGAAGUCAGCUCGAAUCUGGCGGCGUACUCGAGGACGGCGAGGAUAAUUCAGGAGACGAAGGACCAUAACGACAUGGCUCAUCUGAAGGCUCUCGGUUCCGAGGAGAACGACGACGCUGAGAUCUGCAUACCCGGCGGUGUCUACCUGGAGCUCUUCAAGGAUCCGGCGUUACGUGGACAUCUCAGCGUCAUGGCGCGCACUCACAAGCUGCCCGAAUUUCCCGGACGUAUUCUGGACAAUGAGGAGAUCGAUUCGCGGGACCUGAUCCCCGAAUCGGAAAAACGCAGCGUCGCUACUUUGGCCAAGAACGGCGAUCUACCGGUUACCACACACGAGCGCGAAGAUGACGACGAGGAUGACGAUGAGAAGAGGAGCAUCCUUUCUAGUGACAAUGUGGACGAGCUGAUUAAUGGACGCGUGUUAACGGAUGACGACAACCGCCGACGAGCGCUCGGGAUUUAUGACUACCUGGCCGAACUGGACCCGGAAGUGGCGGAGUAUCCGUUAGACAAACGUAACGUCGGCUCCCUGGCGCGGGACUUCGCAUUGCCCACCGGCAGGCGUCACAUCGGCUCGGUGGCUCGCGAUUACGGUUUCCCGAGCGGAAAGAGGAACAUCGGUUCUCUGGCCAGACAGAGCACGCUGCCUUUGGGCGGCAAGAGAAACGUCGCUUCUUUGGCGAGAGACUCCAUGCUGCCGCAGACCGGUAAGAGAAACGUCGCCGCUCUGGCCAGGGAUUCCGCUCUGCCCUAUGGUAAGCGAUAUCUCGCCUCGCUGGUCCGAAACGGCGGCUAUCCGGUCCGCGUAGACGACGAGAGCGGCAAGCGUAGCAUCGCCUCGUUGGCCAGGAACGCCGACUGGCCCAGUUACAUGAAGCGAGGCGGCACCGCUCCACACAGGGUGAUCUUCCUGCCGUGGGUGCUAAACCGUCAGGGGAGAUCCCUGAAGGACGAUCACGAGACGCGCAGCGAGCCCUUGGACCUACAGCAGCUCAUCAGACACGACAAUGGGAACGAUGCCAAGGCGAGCGUUGCCGGCAACUGGCCGGCAUCCUUCAGCGUCUCGGAGAAUCUGGACGUGAACAGGGGGAAGAACAGGUCUAACAGGAGGAUCGACGCCGCGACUUCGCAAACGAGACACAAACGACAGAUCGACUUUUCCGACGAGUAUCCGCUGCCCGUCGUGCAGAACACCAACAUGCUCGAUUACGAGGACAUGAUCGAGGCACUCGCCGAUCAUUACCCGAACGCGGAGAAGAGGUUCAUGGGUUCCGCGCCGGAGGUGCCGGCCGACUCGGGCUACCCUGAAGUGUUGCAACCGAGUAAGAGACAUAUCGGGGCCCUCGCACGCCUCGGCUGGCUUCCGUCGUUCCGUGCAUCACGAUUCUCUCGGUCACCGCGAUAUCUGGUCGAAAGGGAGGAUCCCGCAGAUGGGUCCUCGUCCAACUACACCCCCAACGCGUCGACUCGGUCGCUAAGACCGAUCAUCAUCCCGAAAACCCGCUACCUGCAGGCCCUGCACGGAGAUUGUCGACAUGGCUUCAAGAGGUUCCUGUUACCGGACAUCGAUAACUUCCUGCGGACGUCGAACUCGCGCGUGAUCGCGUCCCGUUCUAUGUAAAAGCACAUCCUUGCCUCGCUGUACUCGUCCAGGGCGGCGACGUCACAUACAAAUUACGUUACAUUUGGACUCACGCGUUUUAACUCAGCGAAUCGUAAGGGGAGUGAGGGGAAAUGGAUGUAAAUAUUCGGAUCUUGUGAUCUGACGUUCUUCCUUACUGGCCACUGAUCAUCCCUUGUCAACGGUAGAUAUCUACGAAUAUAUAAUAUAUACCUCGAUUAUUAAUGAUCUUUCAAAUAAUAAUCUAAGCGUAUAAUAAAAAUAACAAUAUAGCAAAAAGUUACUGUAAAAAAGAGAAUCAGUUAAUCGAAAUUAAAAAAGGUGAAACGGUAACGGAAGUGAGGAAGUCCGUCACGCAAUUUAAUCAGCGACUGGUCCACAGAUUCAUAUUGAGAAGAAUUGAUCUUGUCGCAAGAUCCGUCGAUGGACAAUAAGCUUACUGCUCACCGACAAUAAUAGUUUCACGUAAUCCUAAUGUGACGCCUUAAAUGUGCCGUCUGUAUCGAACAGAUUUUAAAUCGUUAUGCAAAAAGCGUACAUCAGGAAAGGUAACAGAUUUUUCUCGCUCAAAAAUAAAAAAAGUAAGAUUUUCUGGAUGUUUAUGUAAAGGACUUCGUCCUCGAUAGGCUCUAAAUUUACGAAUUUCUUUAAAUACGCAUAUAUGUUUCUCUUGAUACUUGUACGUCGAUAUUCUUAAUGUCGGUGUAUGGCAGACGUAUCUGCUGACUUUUAUAAUUCGUAAUCUUUCGAAGCAAGGCGAGAAAUAUCCUUGAUCAACUUAAAUAUUAAUAACAAUAAUUUUAUAACAACAAUCGAUUGGCUCAUGGUUUGCAAUUUAGCAUUGGUCUUCGAUUAUUAAGUUAAUAUUGAAAUUAUUGAUGAAUCACUUUUGGACGAUUCAAGCAAUACCUCGCAACUCUUUCCCUUUUUGUUGCGUCGUUCGCGACGAUAUGAACGAAGAGGGGACGAGAGGCUAAUUUAGCCGUUAAUUUAACGAUAAAUCAUUGCCAGAUCGAAAUAUUUUAUUCCGCGUUCGAUUUCCCAUUUAAAUAAGCACAAUCGCUGUAGAAGCUAUACGUUGCUUUGAUAAUUAUUAUUUAGCCCGGACUUCACCGAUAAAUCACUGCGAGAUCGAAAUAUUUUACGCUCUCGGCGGCCGUGGCGAACCGUAAGAUCGUAAAAAAAGAGGAUAAAGAAAUUCGCGUGCUUUAAUUCGGCGACUGUUACUUAGCGAAAGCCAAGUGAAUUGCCGUCGAACAAAGUGUUAAAAAAAAUUAUAUAAUAACUGUAAUAAGACAUUUACUCCCCAGAUAUUUCUCACCAUGUUACGAUUAAUACUUUUCCCCGUCGUGUGAUUUUAGGUAGUUGUGGUGUUAAGAGUCCCAGAUGCAACGAAUAUAAUCAUUACAUUUGUUAUUUGCUUGAAAAACGUAUUCGCUUAAACCAUAUCAAGUAUGACUUCAUUGAUAGAAUGAAGCAAUUUCUAAUUCUUUUUACAAUUUUGAAGUUUACCUAGAAAAGGAUUUAUGGAAAAUAUAAAGUGUAUAUUAAUUACAUGCAUGUAUUUAAUAACAAUUUCCAAAUUUUUACACAUGGCAUUAUUGCAUAAAUGUUUUUUUUAUGAUAAAUUCAAUUAAAAGAAUGUUGCACAGAAGCGUUCAAAGAUUUUAAAACAGGAAACAAGGAAAGUGGCACGCAUUUUUCAUGUAGCAAACUUAAAUAAAGAGCAUCACUUCGCGAUGCCCAUCCUUGUUUCUCGUCUACGAAUAUUGUCUCGUUGUUAUUAUCGUUAUUUUCUCGAAAUCCUAUAAUUACAGCCGUGAGAAUCUCGAUCGUCCGCACACACGUAAGAUCGACGAAGCCAGAAAAUAAUCUCCGUGAGCGUAGUAACAUGUACGAUGUAAAUGCCAGAUUUAGUGCUCAGGGAGCUUGCGAGCUCUCGAUGGCGAUAACGCGAAAUUCGGUUUCAUCCUAGUCUCCAUUGUAUCUCAUUUAAAUAUUGUUAGAAAUCGUCGUUGUGUAACAUGUAUGUGGUAUUGCACGUAUACAAUCGAAAUACGCUCGAUGUCGCGGCAUCAUCGGUCUAUCAUUGCUGUGGAUGACAUAUAAGUCUCUGUCGACUUCUCUUUAACUUUACGACUUAAAGUACUAUGUGUUUGUCUAGACAAUAAUGGAUAACCGAAGUGACAAUAAAACGAUAAUAAUAUUGAAGUAAUAAACACGAAUUUCAUUCCGCAAAUGAA